AUGUUCCCCACCAUCGGGGACGUGCACCUGGCGCCCUUCACGGACGAGCAGCUCUACAUGGAGCAGUUCACCAAGGCCAACUUCUGGUACCAGCCCUCCUUCCACGGCGUCGAUCUCUCGGCGCUGCGCGGCGCCGCCGUGGACGAAUAUUUCCGGCAGCCCGUGGUGGACACGUUUGAUAUCCGGAUUCUGAUGGCCAAAUCCGUUAAAUACACCGUCAACUUCCUGGAGGCCAAGGAGGGCGACCUGCACAGGAUAGAAAUCCCCUUCAAGUUCCACAUGCUGCACUCGGGGCUGGUGCACGGCCUGGCCUUCUGGUUCGACGUGGCCUUCAUCGGCUCCAUGUGAG